UAUGAUAUCAGUUUGUGUCUCUGGAGAAAAUGUACAAGCGGCAAAAGUAACUGCUGAUUCGUGGCUUGCUAUUCAUUGCUCCGUGUUACCGGAUAGUGAGCCAGGAAAGUCUAGAUGAUGAUAUACAUUACAUUGAUUUCUGUUAGAUACGACGCAGUAAACGACAACUCGAUCUAUUGUGCCACGUGCUGUUGACAGUAUCAAGUGCCAUCCUCAAGUCGUCUACACGUGCAAAUCCCUUUUCACCUGAGGUACAUUACUUAUCCAUUCACAGCAAAUAAACUCUCCUUCAUUUGCCAUUAAAUACCCCUAGAGUUGUGUCUUCCCCUUCAUCAGUUUCCCCUCCAAAGCUUCCACCCCCUUUUCUUUUUUUUACCAUCAAGUCCUAAUCUGUUUUCCUUGUUUUCUCUGUUACUCUGUGAAUUAGACAUUGGAUUAAGAUGGUUCCCACAUCUGACAAGAGUACUGCAACAGUUGUUACCCGAAAGAAAAAAACCAAAGGACCUUUCAAGGGUGUGAGAAUGAGAAAAUGGGGUCGAUGGGUAUCAGAAAUUAGGGUCCCCCAGAGUCGAUCUCGUAUCUGGUUAGGCUCCUUUGAUACUCCAGAGAAAGCUGCCCGUGCUUAUGAUGCAGCACUCUACUGUCUUCGAGGUUCACAAGGGAAGUUUAAUUUUCCUGAUGAGAAGCGACCUGAAAUUCCUGACGGCCCAUCAGUCUCCUACUCGAAAAAUGACAUUAAAGCAGUUGCCACAAGGUUCGCAUCACCAAACUCUUCGUCAGUCCCUUGCUCAACAUCAUCUUUAACAAAUACCACAAGCUCAGCAGAGCAAGAACUGGAGAGUGGCCUGAAGAUACCAAUUACGGCGGGUAAAACAAGAAGCACAGCAGAUGCUGUUGGAGAAUCCCAUUUGGCAAUUGGCGUGAUGGAACCUGAUAUGUUUACCUUUUCGCUGGAAAAAUUCUUGUUAGAGGAGCCAAUAAUGAUUGAGCCAGACCUGAUAUGGGAAUAUUAA